AUUUUAAUCCAAUUCGGAACAUCUUUCGGGGUGGCCGGUCAGGCUGCCGAAAGGCGGGAGGGGGAGAAAGGGAACGACGGUGCAAAACAGCUGGUCGCUGGCCCGAUAUUCCGGAUUCCGGACGGACGGAACUGCGGAAAGGAAGGAUGUUGCGUGUGGCGAGCACGGCGCUGCGAGGAAUUGCAGCAAAAGCGACAAGUACUAAUGUAACCUUUAUUGCUUCAAGAUGUAAUGCCCUUUUCAAUUCUACAAUUCUUCAGUACAGAAAUUUUGGAGCAUUGUCACUUGCUGUCCAAAAGUGGGCUGCUAUUAAUCCAGUACAACAUAAAACAUUACUAAAUUAUGCAGUGACAGAAAAUUGUCUAGCGUUGCCAGCAGAGCCUAUUAAUGUACCAAUAAGAACAGUCACUAAAUUUUCUCUGAGAAAAGGAAAGCGGAAAACCGUAAAGACGGUCUUAAAACGCUUUUAUAGAUUAAAUUGGGGUAUCUGGAUUAGGACAAAAGCUGGUCGAAGAAAACAUCUAUGGAGGAAAUCGUCCGCCAGAAAGAAGAGAUUGCAACAACAUGUAUUCUGUAAUUCCACGCAGAGCACAUUGCUAGACAAGAUGGUAUGCAAGUACUGGAAAAGACGACAUUAUUAUGUUGACGAUCCAUACGAACCGUAUCAUGAACGAGAAGGAUUCUAUUUAACUCGAAAAAGACCACUAGCUUAAUUAAUUGCCCAUAUUAUAUACUACCAAUUAUUACAAUUGCAACUUUUGAAAAAAAUAUCAUCAACAAACAAUGUUGUCAUCAGCAAACAAUGUUGUCAUCUGAGUUAUAUAAUUGUGUGUUCGUUUUAUGCAUCAAAUCUAAUUUCUCUGAAUUUAUUAUAAAAUGACUUAUGCAGAUAAUAUUACGUAGAUAUCAUUAUAUAGAUAAUAAUAAUUAUGUAUAGAUACAUAUUCCUGAUAAAUAAAAUAUGCUGUAAUACAGUCGUCGAGUUUUAUUAAAGUUUGUAAACAUGUGUUCCAUUGUCUGUCAGCGAAACAGCUGAUCGAGA